UUCUCUUUUCACCAUCUUUCGCAUCCUUCGACUCCUUGUCAAUUCCCCACAUUUCUCAAUCUCAUUCUAAUCUAGCAAUUACGUACAUACACACACCCAAAACCAUGAAAACCCUAAUGGUCACAUUUCUCAUGCUAGCCAUGCUUACGGCUUUGGCCAUUGCAACACCAUACCAAGAUAAGCCCAUUCUUACUCGUCAUCGUGACAAUGAUACCACAACAAGUAGUACUAGUGUUACUGAAACCGAAAGCCAACAAACAACUAGCUCGCUUCGGGGAACCAGCCGGUUCCUCGCCUCUCAGCGGCGACUUGCCGCGGCGAUGACAUGCGAUAAGUACCCGAAGGUGUGUCGCGCCAAGGGCAGCGCCGGGCCCGAUUGCUGCAAGAAGAAAUGUGUUGAUACCUCAUAUGACAGGCUUAACUGCGGAAAGUGUGGGAAGAAAUGUAAGUUCUCGGAGAUAUGUUGCAAAGGGAAGUGCGUGAACCCUAGGUCGGACAAGAGGAACUGUGGUGGUUGUAACAAUAAGUGCAAGAAAGGGAGUUCUUGUUCGUUUGGAAUGUGCAGCUACGCCUAGAGAAAAAUGAGAAAAAAUAUUGACACACUGCUCUCAAGUUCUUUGGUUCAUCGAGAAAAUGAUCUAGGGAUAUAUAUAUUAAUUAUACCAAAAAUUAGCUUAAAAAGUUUUAUCUCUUUUAGGAAUAAUUGUGGAGUGUGACUAUAAUAAAGGUGGGCCGUUCCUGAGG